UUGCAUUAAUGCUUAUCUGAGCUGUAAUUUUCGGCAACAGGUCAAAACUGAUUGACACUGUAUCCUAGCGUGCUGGGGUAUUCAUUCUCCAUGGUGUCUGCUCUCCCCUCUGGUGUCUUCUAAUGGCUUCCCGAAGUUCCCAUGUUAUGUCCUGUAAAUUCCAGCUCUGUCUCUGCCACUGUUCGGGUCAGUGAGUAACCAGCCUGUUGGAAAAUAGGAUUUUCCUCAAAGGGAACCGUGAGCUGACUAUGCCCCUCCUCUUCAUCAUAUGUGCACCGACGUCAGCGCGUAGCAUGAUCUCCGGUGCUUCGUCCGCAGGCUCCGUCUCCAACCGGUUUGAUCACUGUGAACUCAACACCGACAGAGCCCGGGCUUUAGCAGCAUAAACACUGACUGGCCUUAUCAGCAGAUUACCAUCGGACAUGGAAGCAGCCUCCUCCAGUCAGUGCAGUUACAGCUAUGAAGAGUACAAAGAGACUGCGGACUGGCUGCUGUCGCAAACAGAGAAUCGUCCUAAAGUGGCCAUCAUCUGUGGUUCAGGCCUGGGCGGUCUGGCCGGGAUGCUAGAUGACAAGAACAUAUUCCCAUACAGAGAUAUUCCACGUUUCCCCACCAGCACUGUGGAGGGUCAUGCAGGCCAGCUGGUGUUUGGGAAGCUGAACGGACAUGAGUGUGUCUGCAUGCAGGGUCGAUUCCACUUCUACGAGGGCUACAAUAUUCACACGGUGACAUACCCAGUGAGAGUCUUCUUCCUGCUUGGUGUGGAAAUUCUGAUUGUGACAAAUGCUGCGGGCGGCCUCAAUGGUAGUUACAGUGUGGGAGACAUCAUGCUAAUCAAGGAUCACAUCAACAUGCCUGGCUUUGCUGGUCAGAAUCCUCUGUGUGGACACAAUGACCCAAGGUUUGGAGUGCGUUUCCCUUGCAUGUCUGAUGCGUAUGACAGAGAGCUGAGGGCCCUGGCCAAGAAAACAGCGGAGGAGCAUGGCUGUGGGAGCUUCCUCCAGGAAGGCGUUUACUGCAUGCUGGCCGGUCCAACGUACGAGACAAUUGCGGAAUGCAGAGCUCUGCAGAAGCUCGGGGCUGAUGCUGUGGGUAUGAGCACCGUUCCUGAGGUGGUGGUGGCUCGUCACUGCGGACUGCGUGUUUUGGGUCUGUCCCUUAUCACCAACAAGGUUAUGAUAGAUUAUGACAGCAGUGAAAAAGCAAACCAUGAGGAGGUGCUGAAGACAACCGAGCAUCGGGCCACGGACCUUCAGAGGCUUGUCAGUCAGCUUAUCUCUAAGCUCUAACGUCUUCCCAUCAGAGAUCUGCUGUAACAACAAAAAACACUAUAGUUUCUUAGCUUUGAUCAAAAGGUGCAAAUGGGAAAUCUUCAAAAAUACAAAUACACAUUAUGGGCCUGCAUAAUGAUCUUUAACGUUUCAAAGGUUGCAAGCAUAUAAAGAAGUUUUUAUGUAUAUGCAUAAUCUAUUUGCUUGCUAAUGGCACUGCUAAUCCAAGUAUGGUUUAAGAUUUAAGACACAAAGUUUGUACAAGGCUAAAAUCAUUGAGAAAGAGGCCCUUUCUAUCAAAUGUUGUUACUUUAACAACAAAUACCAUGAUUUUCUUUUUAUGUGUACCAAGCAAGAACUGACCCACGAUUAGCUCUAGAACAAGUUUGUUCAGAAAACCAAAGAAAAGUGAAGAAAAUUAUUUUUUUAAAAGUUUCAGUCUGUUGUUUUGGAAAACUUCAGUACCUACCGAGACAUUCUGGAACAGCCUUUCACCUUAUUUUUAUCUUUAAUUUGAUGCCUGUGGAACAUAAAAUAAGUCAGAAUUGAAGGAGAGUCAGAAUUGAAAAUGCCUGUUUUGCACAACUAAAAUUAUGUUUUUUUUUUCACUAACAAUUACCUGAGCAUCUUUUUGUCACUUGUAAAGUCCAUGGGACCAGAUUGAAAUGAGAAUCUAUUAACUUAAAA